AUGGCAGGGUUGUGGCAGCAUCCUUUCCUGAAUGUCUUCAAGCACUUUAAAGUGGAGGAAGGGAAGAGGUCCACCAAGGAAGGCGAUGUCACAACCGUUAUGGACAAGACCCUGAAAGGCACGGUGUAUCGCAUCAGCGGUUCGAUCCCCGCCAGCAACUACCUCCAGCUUCCCAAGACCAGCACGCAGUCGCUCGGCCUCACCGGCUGCUACCUCUACAUCCUUUUCAAGCCCAUGCCGACCAAAUGUUUCGUGGUGCACCUGGAUGUCGCUGCAGAGGACAGCCAGGUGGUGCGCCUCUCCUUCUCCAACCUCUUCAAGGAGUUCAAGUCGACAGCCACGUGGCUGCAGUUCCCCUUCAUCUGCGGGGCAGCCAAAGGGUCCGUCCACGAAAUCACAGCCAAGGCGGCCAGGCGAGCCGUGUCCUUCUCAGAAGCUCAGCAGUCCAAGCUGGUCUUGAAUGGCGUCUCCCCGGUUCCGCGAGAAAUGGCCUUCCCCGUCCCGAAGGGGGAAAACUGGCACGACCUCUACGAUUACAUUAGGUUUCCUUCAGAUGGAUCUAAGAUGCCGUUUGACUCUAUUCAGAAAGGCACUUUGAAGCCAGCUGCAGAUGCUCCCGUUCAAGAUGGUCCAGUCAAUCACUUUCCCAAGCAAGUCACUCUGAGCAAGCCUGUUCGGGACCGAGUAUCUCUCAUCCAACAAAUCACCAGUCCGAAGGAGAUGCCUCGUCAGUCUCCGCUCCUAACCAAGAACAUCCCCAGAGUGAAGCUGGCAGCCUCUGAACCUCUGCAGGCGAAGGACCAAGGCGGCUGGAGGGAAGGGAGCGAUUCCCAUCUCCCGGUUUGUCCGGACGACGGCGGCAUCCAUGUGUACGCCCACAAAAACGGGGAUAUCACCAUCCAUGCGGUCAGCGUUGAUUCCGAUGAGGACGCCUCCAUAGAAAUGCCCAGACCGAAAGCGAUCUCCGCCAAGAGUUCUUCUUCCUGCACGAGGCUCCUUCCAGAUCCGAUCCUGAAGCUGAAGAGGGUUAUUGGGUUUGGCGGCUGCAACACCAGAUGGGCACUUUGGACUGCCCACGGUACCGUGGUGGUCUACCCCUGCCACGCCCUCAUCGUGGCGGUCGCUCUGGACUCCGGCCGACAGUGGUUCUUCGCCGGCCACACGGAUAAGGUGGCAGCGCUGGCCUUUAACGGCAACAGCACCCUGCUGGCGUCCGCUCAGAUCGGGCACCUGAGCAUGAUGCGCCUCUGGGACUUUGCGACGGCAGAAUGCCUCUCCAUGUUCAAAACGGGAAUGCAUGCGGUCUCUUGCCUCAGUUUUUCCUACAACGGGAAUAUCCUUUGCGGCACCGGGAAAGACCGGCACGGGAAAACGUCGUGCCAGGUGGAGCUUCUGUUCGUCUGCAGCAGGAGCGGGCACGUUUUGGAGAUCGAUUACAAGAACGUCGCCGUCAGAAACGCCCGGCGCCUGCUGCCGUUUGACCUGCAGCACUCCCACCGGCGAGAGAAGCAGACCUUCAGCUCAGGUCCUGGGAUAGCGCUCAACAGUAUCUGUCUCUCGUCGAGUUUCUGCGCCACGGCCUCCGAAGAUGGCUACCUGCGCUUGUGGCCACUGGACUUCUCUGAGGUCUUUCUGGAAGCAGAGCACGACAACCCGGUGACUUCCGUCAGCAUCGGUCCGGACAACCUGAAGGUCUUGUGCACGACGGCCUCCGGGAGCGUGGGCUGCCUGGACAUCCAGUCCCGGGACUACAGCACCGUCAUGCGCUCCCACAGGGAUUCCGUCUUGGCGUUUUCGGUGGAGGGGCUCCAGCAGGAACUGGCGACCGUUUCUCAGGACGGCAGCAUCCGCAUCUGGAACCUGGAGACGAUGCAGCAGAGUCUAGGCCGCAAGCAACUUGAACGGCAGCACCGCGGUUCGAUCACCGGCCUGGUCUUCUCCCCAGAUGGCAAUUCCAUGUACAGCGCUUGCAGCCACGGCACCCUGGCUCUCUAUAACUGCGCCAUCCAGAAGAGUCACAUUGUCAGAGUUCUGGCCAACGUGGUGUCGCAAGACACAGACCACGGUCCCGACGCCUUGUCUGUCAGCGCCAACGGACGCCUCUUGGCCUUUGUGGGACCUUCGAAACACGUCGUGACGCUCAUGGACGCCCAUUCCCUGGACGAGCUACUCAGGAUCGACGUCAGCAUCCUGGAUCUGGAGAGCCCCUCCCUGGAUGCGGCCGUGCGGCUCCGAUUCGCCCCUUCCUCUCUCGGCCACCUCUUGGUGACCACUUCCUCCCAGAAGAUCCUCGUGCUGGACGUAAAGUCCGGACGCCUGAUCAGAGUGGUCUCCCCGGUGCACAAGCAGUCCUGCUCCUCAUUGGCCUUGAGUCCGGACUCCCGCUACCUCCUCACCGCCGGGGACAGGGUCAUCAAAGUCUGGGAUUACGGCAUGAGAUUCGAUGUCAGCUCCCAGGUGUUCAUUGGCCAUUCGGAGCCUGUCCGGCAGGUGGGAUUCACCCCCGAUCAGAGGCAGGUCAUCAGUGUGGGCGACGCCAUCUUCCUCUGGGACUUCCUCGGGGUGUCUACCAAGGAGCCUUCUAAGGAGGAACUCCGCCGCAGUUCCAGAAUCCAUUCCUCUAUCAUCGAGACGGUCGGUUUUCCAGGAGUCG